AUGGCGGUGUGCAAUCGACACGCCGCCACCACCACGACGGGCACCAACACCCCUGGUAGGCAAUUCCUUCAAGCCGAUUCUGCGGCUGCCGCGUGCAAGCUUUUGGGAGCCGGUUGUGCCGGAUGCACCAAAAUUUCAUCGGUCCGGAUGCGUUUGGCCGGCAGGAGGAGAAAUUGGCCCCCCAGGCAUGGUUCGAAUCCUGCUCCCUCCACCUCCUCCCCGCUUACCCGUGGCAAGGAUAACCCGGCUGGCUAUCGACAACAACCACCCGCCUGUGCCGUCGAGCCCACACUUGUUGGGAACUUCGUCUCCAUGGCUACAAACGACCGACAGCUCCGCUGUUUGGACACAGGCCCCUCUCGAUGA